AUGAAUGCAACAAGCAAAACAUUAGAAACUGAGGAUCUGAACGUGUCAUUUGGAGUCGAAUUAGUGACAUCUCUUUUGACCUUUGUUGGAGAAAUCAGGAAUAGGUUUGACGAAAUUGAAAUAGAAGCAAAAACUUUCUUUUGUGAAGGCGAGAAUAUCUCAAACAUAUCCUAUAAAACUGACCUUCAAAGAGCAAAGCAAAAACAAACAUUUUUUGAUGAUACAAGUGAAAGUGAAACAAUUUUAAAGGGAAAAGAGAGAUUCAGAAUUGAAAUAUUUAAUGUUAUAUGCGACAAUAUCACUCAAGAUCUUUCAAAGAGAGUUGAAUGCUACAAAGAAAUAACAUCAGUCUUUAGAUGUUUUUUUACCUCAGAUGAAAAAUAUAAAAAAGAUGAUGAAACUAAAGAGAACCAAAAAGAAUUAUGA